CACGCUGGUUUGUGUGUUGCGUACGUGCGUGUGUAGUAAGGGGAGCAAGCGCAGCUUGGAGAAAGUGCACUCAACGCUUGCGCAGGCACCGAAUAGUGGGACUAUAGUGCGCGGCGGCAUGGCUUCGUCUCACGGGAAAAGCGAACUCCGGUUCGCUGACUGGAUGGCGAAUUUACCGGAGAGUAUGCACACCAUCCCGCUUACCAACCUGGCUAUUCCUGGUUCUCAUGACUCCUUCAGUUUCUACAUUGACGAGUCCUCUCCAGUGGGUCCAGAGCAGACAGAUGCCGUCCAGAACUUUGUCUCGGUCUUCGGCACGGUGGCUAAGAAGCUCAUGCGCAAAUGGCUGGCCACGCAGACCAUGAACUUCUCCAGCCAACUGGAGGCAGGGGUCCGCUUCUUCGACCUGCGCAUCUCCACCAAGCCCCGGGACCCAGACAACGAACUGUUCUUUGCUCACGGCCUCUUCAGUGCUACGGUGAGAGAAGGCCUGGAGCAGAUUGGCGCUUUCCUGUCAGCCCAUGCUAGAGAGGUGGUGUUUCUGGACUUCAAUCACUUCUAUGGGGUCCAGAACCUGCACCAUGAGAAGCUGGUUUCCAUGCUGAGGGAAAUUUUCGGAGAGAAACUCUGCCCUGUUGUCUUCGCUCAGGAGGUGAGUCUCCAGUACCUGUGGGAGAAGGAGUACCAGGUGUUGGUUUUCUACCACAGCCCCAUGGCUCUAGAGGUGCCCUUCCUGUGGCCGGGUCAGAUGAUGCCAGCCCCCUGGGCCAACACUACUGACACUGACAAGCUGAUCCAAUUCCUUCAGGCCUCGGUGACUGACCGCAGGAGGAAGGGAACGUUCUUCGUCUCCCAAGUGGUACUGACACCUAAGGCCAGCACUGUCAUGAAGGGAGUGGCCAGCGGACUGAGAGAGACCAUUACAGAAAGGGCUCUCCCAAGUAUGAUGCUCUGGAUCCGGGCUCAGAGGCCAGGCGAGAGCGGCAUCAACAUCAUCACAGCUGACUUCGUAGAGCUGGGGGACUUCAUAAGCGCGGUCAUCACCCUCAACUACCACAUGGACGACGAGGACGAUUACGCCACCUGAGACUGACCCACAGGGAGCGCCAGAGAGUCAGGACCGCACUCGCUCUCUCGCUCUUUCUCUUUGGUGUUCAUUUUCAGGAGGAGAGGCGCUCCUCUGACAUUUUUAGGGCUACGAGAAUUGGCAGGGGCAGGGAGAGAGAGGGAGGGGAGGAUGAGAGAGUGUCGGAGUGAGGAAGGGGAUUGCAGGGUUGAUGGAGGUGGACAGAGUAGGGGAGGGAGGAACAGGAAACAGAUAGGGAGAAUGGACUUGGGUGCUCGGUUAGAAGGCAGAAAAUGAGUACUUCUAGUUUCAUCUGUUUUCGGGGUCAAAAGGGCAAUUGUUUUUUAAAACAACACUUUGCUUGGCUUCACAUCUGCUGUGAGGAAAACUGCUUCUAUUGUCCAAUCACACAGGCACGUUUCUCACCUCUCCUCUUCCUGUGAGGCUAGCUUAUCAGCGUGUUUUGCAGAUUUGAAUUUGGUUCUUAUUUUAAGUCAAGGCCGACCUACCAGAAAACAUCUUCAUUAGUGCCAGUAAUGUAUUCGAUAGUCGUCAACCUGAUUAACAUGCCAACUACUCACGCUUAUUUCUUGGUGGGUGGCAUGGUUGAUUGACUAAUCUUUCCCAAUGGUUAUCCAUCCUCAUCAUGUAGAUGUCCUAUGGUCUGUUCUCAACAUUUAAUCAUAGUCAAAGUACAAUGACCUCUGGGUAGGGCCUAUGCGUGUUUGUGUACAUAAUUUAAAGUGUGCUUCAAAAAUACUGUCACCUACUAAAAAUUGCCACAACAGAAUUUUGCUAAGCUUAGUCCGUGUAAAAGCAGAAUUAGAAAAUCCAAAUACAAGACAAACUCCCAACAAAACUCUCAUUUCUUUAGGUGUACCUUUUGUGUGUUUGAGGGGCUUUUUCCAUAGAAUGAUGUUACAUUGAAGGCCUUUUUCCAACAGAAUGAUGUUACAUUGAGCAGUUCAGUCGGUGCCCUAUGCAGCUAGCCUUUAACAUAUUCUGACCUCUUUGUUGAUACCUUCAGAAUUCUGUUCUCUUUCUAAUUUAGAACUAGAAGAUAGAAUGUCCAAUAGCACAGCCCAUUUCACAAAUAUGAAUACUGUAGAUGAUGAUUAGAAAACAAUAUACAUUUUGAAAAUUGGAUUGGACCUUAGCUUAAAAAUGUGGAGAAUACUAAAUUUUUCAGUUAAGUGCCUGCACCUCUUAGACAAAAUCACUUUUAAAUUCAAUGAACCUCAACUCUUAUGGGGCUCUUGUUAUGAAACUUUUAGGGGCAUUUUUCAGUGCCAAGAACCAUAGACGAAGCCUGGUUGAACCCUUAACUCUUAGAGUGUAGUAAGAAGGCUGUCAGACAGAUUGGUGUGUGAUUGCCUUUAGAGUGUAUUGAAUUAGAUUUUAAUAUAGAAUAGCUACCUGUUGCUCAACUAUUACCCAUGUUUUUGCCUGCUUCUUUGCACUCCAUCUGCUGUGCACCUUUUAUUGACAAACUGUCAAAAUGCUCACCUAAGAGAGCAACAUUUAUUUGAUGUGAUGAAUAGUGAAGAGUAAGACUAAAACGAGUGUCACGUUUGGUUGCUAAACAUUGACUUAUAUUGCACAUUAUGCAAGAACAUAAUUGCAUAUGAAUCAAAAGCUCUGUCUCAUUUUUUCCAAAAUAGAAAUGUUGAGAUUGUUGUUGUAUCUUGUACAGAGAAUGUAUUCUUUAAGGAGCAUUGUUAUGUAAACUAAUAUGAUUCAUGUGAACCAAAAAACGGAAAUGUUAUCUUUUGAAUAUGUGAAUCUGUGUCUUGUGCGUAAAUAUGCCAUUUCCUACUUUUUUCAGUAUGUGUGUGUUUUGUGUGUGAGCGAAACAGACCAAGAGAGGAGAAAGAGAGCACAGAGAUGGACAGAGAUAAAAGAUUGAAUUGAGUGUUUGUGUUUUAUUGUGUGUGUACAAAUAGAUGUGACAAAGAUUUGUAUUUGUCAAUGACUGUAUCAUUAUGAUUUCAUCUUAAAAUAUGUUUUCUAUCAUGUGUAAAGCUUGUACAUAAUGUAAGUGCAAAGGAUUUACCGCCAUUUAAUAAAUGAAAAUUAAUGCCAAGAAAUGUCCACAAGUAAUAUCUCAAAUAUCUUUAUAGAAACAUCUCAGUUGUAAUAACAUAUAGCACAUAUAUGGCCAGUACAUGCUUUGUCCAUAUCUCUGACCGUUAAAUACAAAAAAAUCAACAGUCAAGUACAAAUAUAUUUUUUGUAACUAAUUAACAAUGUGCAUGAAUAUAAAUACAUUUGUUAACAUUUUGCGUGUAACUUAGUGAAUUAAUUGAUUUUGUAUGCUGUCUCCAGGAACAUGCUUUACAACUGCACCGCAACGGCAAACAAGGCAAGCGUUUUAUUAUUCAAUAACUCAAACAAUUGUAUCUGGUUCUAAAUAGGUCAUGUCCAAUGUUUUGCUUUGACUCUGGGAGACUGUUAGAGACCUAUGUAAUAAACCUGCAAUACACAAUGUCAAAAUACAGUUCCUACAUGUUUUUGCUUGUGAAGAUUUAUGAUUUACAGUAUCCUUGUAUGAUUUACAAGUCCUCCAAUAUUGAUAUAAUUCUACCUGAUUUCAUUUAUAUUGCAGUCAUUGCUUUUCUGUUGUUCUAUUUUCAUAUUUAGUGUGAUGACGAGUCCAUUGCUGUGAAAGUGUUGUAAAGACCAAACCUUGUGUGUUGCAAUGAAACAGGUUCUAUUGUAAGUGGAAGAUGACAAAUCAAAUAAAGCGUCUAUGCCAGUA